AUGAAUGAACACAAUCAAGAUCCCGAUCAAGUUCAUGGGCAAUCAACAGUGCCAGCCGUUGGCGCACCCACAUUUGAUGCCCAACUUCUGCAUCGAUAUCUCUCGCACGAUGACAUUGAGGAAUUGUAUAACCUUUUUUUCUCCAGGCGGGAUCAGAUACUUCCUCAUGAGCUACGCGAGGAACUGUACCGUCUCACCGGAGUGCAGCUCAAUGAUGCACAGUUUGAAACGCUAUUUAUGAGAAUGAACACCAACCUGGAUGAGUACUGCCAAUGGGAUGAACUGCUAAGCUACUUGAUUCUGGGACUACAGAACGAUGACCCAAUGGCGACGAUGGUGGUGCAGGAGUCAUUGGAUCUACCCAUAUCGUGCGACACGGAACGGAAACUUCCGGGGCAAACCUAUCCAGUGACGAAAAUCGAAUAUAGUCCAUUGUUUACCUAUGACGAACAUGUCAACUGGGACAAAGGGUUCUGGAUCACUUCAAGCCGCGAAGGUGAGAUCAAUUUUUGGGAUCGUGAUUGGAAGCACACCAAAAUUGGGAACGCCUGCAGCGUCGAUCUCAAGCGCACCAUAACAAGGAUCCUGGAUACAGCAGUCCUUCCGGACCAGCACUACUUUUGCGUCACAUGUUUGGAGUGUGAACUUCGCUUCUACGAUAUUUUUGCAACUGGGUUCACCCUGAAAAUGAUUGUCAAUCGAAUUCCCAAUGCAAUCAACAAGUUGCACUAUCAUUUUUCCCCCACUACUGGAAGCAUAAUGGUGCUCGGUGACUACGUCGGAUUUGUCCGGGUGCUGCAGUUCAAAGAUAAGUUCGAUCCGGCUACCGACGUUAUAAGAAUGACGUUCCUGGAACUGAUCGAAGGAUCAUGUCGACAAAUGACGUGUACAGACUAUGGUCGGCUACUUCCGGACAUUGUACGGCAAGUGCAGUUUGUGGAAUCGACCAAUAGCAUCGUGGUAUGCUCGGAAAAUGAUCCUUUAGACGACAGCACGUUGCAAACAUCAUUGGUGAUUCAAGAUGCUGAAAAACUGGACAGGAAGACGGAGUUCGUGGCUCAAAAGGGUGUAUUGUGUUUUGCGUUCAAUCAUGAGAAAGACUUUCUGGCGACCGGUGGUCCGGAUGGAAAACUAAGGUUAUGGGAUUGUCAGCACCCAGGCGAACCAACGGCGACUUUGGCGGGGCACAGAGCCAGAGUAGUUUUCCUCUUUCUACAGGAUGGAUCUGACAAGCUGUACAGUAUGGAUUGCCUAAAGAUCGUGAUAGUUUGGGACGUACGGAAUAAAGCUUUGAUUCAGAAGUACAGUGCUUUCUCGACAAACUUGCACAGGACUCUUCAGGCUUGCGCUUACUACAACGACCGGGAUCGUGAGCUGUUGGUGGGUGCUAAUAAAGUAUUGGCUGUUAGCUGUUGUCCGAAGAUUAAGGUUGAGGUUACCGAUGGAAAAAGUCAUACUCUACCGAUUUCUGUUUUGUUGUACAACCCACUGUUUAAGAUGGUUGUGAGUUGUGGCUUGGAUAGUUUCAUUAUAGUUUGGGACUAUACCAACAAUCGAAGGUUAACAGUAAUUGCCGACGCUCAUACAGAAGAAAUCCAUGGUAUAGUAGAGAAGGUCCAGAUUACAGCUGCCUGUUUCGAUCCGAAGCUUCAGCUGCUGAUUACUGGUGAUCGCAUUGGCAUUUUGAAGAUAUGGCAUUUUAACAGCGGUUCACUGAUGAGUUCCAUGAGUAUCGAAAAGAAUUGUGAAGUAACGGCUAUAUUUUGGGAACCUAGAGGUAUCCUGGCCAUGGGAUGGAACCACGUGAUAGUCGAGUUUCCAGUAGGAUCAUCCGAAAUGGAAUUCCUCUGUGGUAAUCCGUGGAAGAAACUUCACUUUGGUGAUAUUAUAUGUGCAGCGAUAAAUCACACAAAGUCCAAAACGAUAGCCACCUGCAGCUACUCGGGAGAGCUCAUUUUUUGGAGGAUUGACACUGGAGAAGCAUACCGAAGGUACGAUGCAGCCAGACCGAGGCAGAAGAUCCCCAUCGAUUUGGAGAGGAAGCCUGUGGCAAUACGUAGACGAACGAGGAUGUCGAUAUUUCAACCUCAACGGCGGCUGACCAGGAUCGUACUGCCCACGGCGGCGGAGCUGCUCCGACAGCUGACCAUUUAUAAAUUACUGUUCCUGGAAGCACGACCACGGCAUCCCGAAUAUGGCACUCUGAUCGCAUCGCUGGACACCGGGUCGGUGCAGGUUUAUUCGCACGAUCUGUACGGCGAGUACCUUGGGUCAUUCAGUGCAGUGCACAAGGCUGGUGAUCGGGUUAUUGCCAUGACGACUGAUCCGGAAAAUCGAUUCCUGUUCACUGGGUCCCGCUUGGGUUACGUUAAAGUUUGGUUAAUUGAGGACUAUUGCGUUCCAGAAGCUCGUCAACCCAAAGUGAAUCGUCCUGCUUUGAGGAUGAAGUUUCCGUUUCUACUGGAUGACGUAGUGCCGGGUCGAGCCAAACGGUCGGUGGCCAAUCAACCUAAGCCUUGGCUGCUGAAUUCCUACCAAGCACAUCGAGCUUGUGUGACCGACUUGGUUUACCUGGCUGAUUCGGAGCUACUUCUAUCAUCCAGCAGCGAUCGAUCGAUUCGCAUUUGGACCCUCGGUGGUCGCUACGUAGGACUGCUUGGAAGCCCUGUCAAAUGGCCCACUCUUGAGCUGAACAGUCCCGUCCCCAGUGGGUACCGCUUCCGGAUCCCACCGGAGCUAGAGCGGGAGGUGAGUUUCACCACCGCUCAAGUGUUGCGAGGUGGCGAACGGUGCGUUAACUUUAGCCGACUGGUGCAAGAAGAAAGCCAAAGCCAAAUCCGUACUGGAACGGUGAUCGAAACCUAUGGAGAACCGUUGGAUCCGCCUUACUGGAAACGGAAAACAUUUCCCUUCGGACAACGAACCAACUACCAUCCGGUUCCAAAGAUGGACCCCGAAGACCGAGGUAUGAUCGCGUAUGGGUAUUUGAGACUUGCAGAGAUGAAAACAUUGAAGCUGCUCGAUAGCAAGAAGAUGCUGACUGAGGCGGAACAGGUGGACGUCUACGUGGACAGAAUUGAUUCGUAUAGUUUUCAGGAUAAAAGUGCUUGGGAAAACUAA